AUGAAAUUAUUAUUAUCAUUAUUGGUAUUAGUUAAUAUUUUAAUUUUAAAUGUUUUAGCUCAACAUGGUGAUCAUCAUCAUUCAGAUGUCCAUUUCACUCAAUUUUUAAUCCAAGGUAAUGGUUGUAGUGCUGGUGGUGAAUUACUUCAUGUAAAUGAAUGUUUUAGUAAUGUAUGUGGUGUUUCAGGUGCUUUAUUCUCAGAAGUUGAUUAUGUACAUAUGGAAUACUUAUUAUCUCUCACCAAUGAUACAAGUUGUAAAAAUACAAAUUUAUCAACAGUAUUUGAAUGCUCUGAUGAAAAUGUUGCAGUUUCACUUGGUAAUGGUUAUUCAGUAACAUGUUACGAUGAUGAAUAUGUUGUACCAAAAUAUACAAAAUUCCAAAUCUCUGGUCCAGGUUGUUCAAAUGAUGGCGAAACUAUCUCAAAUGUUGAUGAAUGCUCGACAAUUUGUGGUUCCAAUAAUAAGGUAGUAGAAAAGACUGAAACUUCUUUCAACACUUUCUCAUUAAAUUCAUACAGUGAUGCAACUACAACCAAAACUUGUUCAACCUUAAAAAAUUCUCAAGAUUUUAUUUGUCUUCCAGACUCUCAAAAAGUUUCAGUUGGAAAUUAUUCAAUUAUUUGCGAAAGCUCAUCUUCUUUAGUUUCUGCUAGUAUCUUUGUCACUGUCUUAAUUUUAUCUAUUGUUUUAUUAAUUUAA